ACAAAAAAAAAUAAUAAUAACUUUAGAAAACUUCAGCUUUUCAGGUUCUACACUCGAGAAUGUCUCCAAAAGCAAUAGCGCUGUGUAUUGGUGCGGUAAUGGCGGUGGCCAUAAUCGCAACACUUUUGGCCACUUCCAUGAAGAAAUUGCAGACAUAUGAAGUUGGUCUCAUCUACAACAAAAUUACCAAAAAACUCCAUGACAAUCCAAAGUUUGAAGGACUUCAUCUUGGACCCCCUGGUUUCAGUUUUAUCAUAUUCCCUAAUGUUUACCAAACCAAGACCUUCAAUGGCAUAAUGUGUCUGAACCAGAAUGGAGUUCGUAUUAUUUUGGAUGUUUCCUGCCAAUUCAAAAUCCAGCUUCAUUCAAUGAAGAAAGUCAUCAAAGAGUUUAAGGACUUCGAAGGAUUGAAAAGGGUGCUACAGUAUGCAGGUAAGCAAUGUACAAGUAGCAGUAGGAGUGGUGCUGGUAGUAGUAGUAGUAGUUGUAGUUGCAGUUUUAGUGGUAAUUGUAGUUGCAGUUUUAGUGGUAAUUGUAGUAGGUUGUGGUGUUCAUCAGUUGACUUCUUUGGAGUCAACAACAUCAGACGUCCUAAACCAUAUGAAAAAGCCAUUCGGGAGAAAGAAAGAGCGAGAGAAGAUAUAUUGGUGGCCAAACAAGAACGACCGAAACAGUUGAUUGAAGCGGAAACAAAAAUGAAAGAAGCAAUAGCCGUUUCUAAUAUCACUUUGGAGAAAGCCAGGUCGAGGGCAAGAAUCAAGAAGAAACAAGCUGAGGCAGAGGCCAGUGCCAUCAUUAUACAAUAUCAGAAAGAAGCAGAAUCUCUCCAAAAUGUCUUGUCAUCUGAAGGCCUUAAUUACACUAACGAAGGGUUCCUGCAAUAUAUGGCUAUCCGCAUAAUCUCAUCACUUAACAGUCCUCUCCAUGUUGGAAUGAAUCUGCCAGAAAAUCCAAAUUUGAUUCCGUUUAGGGUCCUACCACCUCCAAUACAAUAAAAAAUAGUCUCUUAUGAUUAAAAUAUUGAGGCAUACUGGUUGUAGAGGAGAAAUAAUUGGUUAGUUAAUUAAACUAUUAAUUACCAUGAAAUUUAUAAGAAAUUAAAUAAAUUUUACUCUAAUUAUUAAAAAA